AUGUCCUACGGUCCCUUAGAUAUGUACCGGAACCCGGGGGCCUCGGGGACCCCGCUCCAGGACUUCAACAGCAUCAUCCAGAAGUGCAGCGGCAACAUCCAGCGGAUCAGCGAAGCCAGAGAAAUAACUUCUGCUCAGAUAAAGAAUUUGAUGAGCCAACUAAGAACUAAGCAAGAUUCAAGCAAGCUACAGGAAAAUCUGCAACAGUUACAGCACUCUACAAAUCAGCUUGCCAAGGAAACAAAUGAAUUACUGAAGGAAUUAGGGUCCUUGCCCCUUCCUUUAUCUACUUCAGAACAGCGCCAGCAGAAACUUCAGAAGGAACGUCUCAUGAAUGACUUCUCUGCAGCCUUAAACAAUUUCCAGGCUGUGCAGAGAAGGGUAUCUGAAAAGGAAAAGGAGAGUAUUGCCAGAGCAAGAGCUGGAUCUCGUCUUUCUGUGGAGGAGAGGCAAAGAGAGGAGCAACUCGUCUCAUGUGACAGCCAUGAGGAGUGGAACCAGAUGCAGAGCCAGGAGGAUGAGGUGGCCAUCACUGAACAGGAUUUGGAACUUAUUAAAGAGAGGGAAACGGCAAUUCAGCAGCUGGAGGCUGAUAUUUUGGAUGUCAAUCAGAUAUUUAAAGAUUUGGCAAUGAUGAUCCAUGACCAAGGUGAUCUCAUUGACAGCAUAGAAGCCAAUGUGGAAAGCUCAGAGGUGCAUGUAGAAAGAGCCACUGAUCAGUUACAGCGAGCUGCUUACUAUCAGAAAAAAUCUCGCAAGAAGAUCUGUAUCCUGGUGCUUGUCCUGUCAGUGAUUAUUGUAAUCUUGGGACUUAUUUUGUGGCUAGUUAAUAAAUGAAGUGAUUGCCUC